AUGCUGCUAUCAGUGGCGUCCAGGCCUGGGAUUUCGACUUUUGGCUAUAACAAGAACAACAAGAAGCCAUAUGUGUCCUUGUCUCAGCAAAUGGCACCUCCGAGUCCAAGCAGCAGCACCCCUAGCAGUAGCAGUGGGAGCGCGGCGAGUGACCAGCUGAGCAAGACCAACCUCUACAUCCGGGGGCUGCAGCCGAGCACCACGGACCAGGACCUGGUGAAGCUCUGUCAGGCGUACGGCAAGAUUGUCUCCACCAAGGCCAUCCUGGACAAGACCACAAACAAGUGCAAAGGCUACGGCUUUGUGGACUUCGACAGCCCUUCAGCCGCACAGAGAGCGGUGACCGCGCUGAAGGCCAGUGGUGUGCAAGCGCAGAUGGCAAAGCAACAGGAGCAGGACCCCACAAACUUAUACAUCUCAAACCUCCCGCUGUCGGUGGAUGAGCAGGAGCUGGAGGGGAUGCUGCAGCCCUUCGGCCAGGUCGUCUCCACUCGGAUCCUGCGCGACACCAGCGGGGCCAGCAGAGGGGUCGGCUUUGCCAGGAUGGAGUCCACAGAGAAGUGUGAAGCCAUCAUCACCCACUUUAAUGGAAAAUAUAUUAAGACACCCCCUGGAGUACCAGCCCCAUCUGAUCCCUUGCUUUGCAAAUUUGCUGAUGGGGGUCCAAAGAAACGACAGAACCAAGGAAAAUUUGUGCAGAACGGACGGGCCUGGCCAAGAAAUGGAGACAUGGGUGGCAUGGCUUUGACCUACGACCCCACCACGGCUCUUCAGAACGGGUUUUACCCCGCUCCUUACAACAUCACCCCCGGCAGGAUGCUGGCUCAGUCUGCACUGUCCCCGUAUCUCCCGUCUCCUACAUCUCCUCUACAAGCACCUAACCCGUCUUGGAUGCACCACCCGUCAUACCUCAUGCAGCCCUCAGGUUCAGUUCUGACACCAGGAGGGGACCAUCCCAUUUCUCUGCAGCCUGCCUCCAUGGUGGGACCUCUGACCCAGCAGCUGGGCCACCUCUCUCUCAGCAGCACUGGCACGUACGUGCCGGCCGCUGCAGCUCUGCAGGGGGCUUACGUCUCCCAGUACACGCCGGUGCCCGCUUCCAGCGUUUCAGCGGAGGAGAGCGGCGGCCAGCAGAACCCGGCGCCGGUGGACGCGCCCGCGGAGCACGGCGUCUACCCCUUCCCGUUCAGCAAGUGA